UUCGGUUGGCUUGGGCCUGCCGAAGGCUUGGGGUCUACACCCACAGUGGACAAUCUGGCUCCGGCAAUGGUUGUUGGGCGCGGUUGUAUCCACCGUUUAGACUACAUGCGUCCGCAUUCCGGACCAGGUUGAGGAUCGCACCCAUUGCCUCACCUACACACACUGUGUAUUAUUAUUAA